GUCUGGUGAGCCCCCUCGAGGUGUCAGUGAGCUCGGGGAGUAUCCAAGUUGCUCGGGGACAGACAGCAAUUCUGCCCUGCACUUUCACCACUAGCGCUGCCCUCACUAACCUUAAUGUCAUCUGGAUGGUCAUUCCCCUCUCCAAUGCCAACCAGCCGGAACAGGUGAUUCUCUACCAAGGGGGGCAGAUCUUUGGUGGUGCACCCCAGUUCUAUGGGCGAGUGGGGUUUGCAGGGACAAUGCCAACCACCAGUGCCUCCAUUUUCAUCAACAACACCCAGCUGUCGGACACUGGCACGUAUCAGUGUUUGGUCAACAACCUUCCAGACCGAGGCGGCAGGAAUAUUGGAGUCAUUGGACUCACCGUCUUGGUCCCUCCGUCUGCUCCUCUCUGCGGAAUUCAGGGGUCCCUGGAUGUUGGCAGCGAUAUCACCCUGAGCUGCAACUCAGAAGAAGGCAUCCCUCGGCCGACAUACCUCUGGGAGAAGUUGGACAAUGCCCCCCGGCUGCCCCCGACAGCCACACAAGACCAAGUCCAGGGCACGGUCACCCUCCGGAAUAUCAGCACUGGUUCCUCAGGUCUUUACCAGUGCGUGGCUUCUAAUGCCAUUGGAACCAGCACCUGCCUCCUGGACCUGCAAGUCAUUGCACCUCAUCCCCGGAGUGUCGGCCUGAUUGCUGGAACUGUUGCCACGGGUGCCGUCGUGCUCGUUGUUUGCAUUGUCUUGGUGGCCGUGGCACUGGUUUACUGGAAGAACAAACACAAGGAGGAAGAAGAGGAGGAGAUUCCCAAUGAGAUAAGGGAGGAUGACCUACCACCGAAAUGCUCAGCAUCCACAAAAGCGUUCCAUGGGGACGCAUCCUCCUCGGAGAAUGACACCCUCACCUCCUCCAACACUUACAACAGCCGUUACUGGAAUGACCCUAAAGCCAAUCACGCCACAGACUCCUUCACCCGCUUCAGCAACAACAAUGACGUGCGCCAGCCCUUCUCCCGCUCUGGGAGCACCAACGCCCGCCCUGUCUAUGCCAACGGAGGCCACCCAUCCCCAGCUCCCCCCAAGACACUGGUGGUGACAGCCACCACUGCACCGUCCCCACAGGAGGUGGCCAGGAGCAAUGGCUCAGUCAGCCGGAAACCCAGGCCUCAGCACACACGCUCCUAUGCCGUGAGCCAGGCGACGCUGGAGCGGAUAGGGGCUGUGCCUGUCAUGGUGCCAGCCCAGAGCCGGGCAGGCUCCCUAGUGUAGAAAGUGAGAGAGGGCGUAAGAAAAGCAAGAAGCUAUGGUACCAGAUGGGGUGAAGACCUGGCCAAGAGACCUUCCUCUUCCUCUGUGAAACACGAUGAAGGGGGAGAGCGCUUCUUCCUGGUGCAAUACACUUUAGCCUACCAAGGCGAUGGGCCUGCCCUUGCCACUCUGCCCUCGGGAUCUCAGGGGUCUCCUCUGCACCAGCUGGAUCUCACAGAUGUGCCAAGACCACGGGAGGGGCGCCAUGGGAACCAGGCCCAGGGAUGCCUGUUUGUUCCUAAUCCCUGCCUGUGGUGGGGCUUGGGGUUUUUGAUUUCCGAAGGGUGGGCGAGCCGGGUGGGAUUCACGAGGAGAGCUGGAAGGGGCAGAAGGAGGGGCCUUCCCAGAGAGGACAUCGCUCUGCUGCUCAGGCCACCUCCGCCAGCCCUAGGACGGGUGACAGAAUCGGAGAGGGGAGCGACGAGAUGCUGGCCACUCCAGGCCAACUUCAAAGGGAGGAGGCAGAGACGGACCCACCAGCCAGAACAGAGUGGACGGGGCGGGGGAUGGGCUCGGAAGGUCUUUUAUUUAUUUUUGUUUCCUUCUCUCCUCACACUGGACGGUUUCCUGCACUAGGUCUGGAUGCUUCUGGAACCCCCUUCACCGUGUUAGAAACUGCUGCCGCCGGGGCCUCUUUCCCCCGGCAGCCGUGUGGAACGAGGCUGAGUUUCCUCAGAGGGGUCGCGGAAUCGAGAGGGGGUGGGAAGCAGGUGACAGUUCCCGCAGGGCUGGCCCAACGCCCCCACGGCUGAAGAGCCGCACUGUUUCUGGGCAUGCGGCUUGCCUUUCUCAACGGGCUGGGCCCAGCUUUGGCCUUUGCAUGGCAGGUUCUCCCUACUGGGCUGUUUGGGGCUGGCCUGCAUGGAGCCAGCAUGGUGCUUGUUGAGCUGUGGGUGGGGGAACCCACUCGGAGGCACCACAUUUACUCCUCUCUGCAGAAUGCUGGGGUUGUCAGUGUCUGGUUUUAAAUCCCGCUCUUCAGAAAGAGCAAAAGCGUGGGGGAGGGGGGCAGGCCCAUGGGGCGGUGUUCCAGUUGUCUGCUGCUCUCCCUUGCCUCUUCCCUCCAGUCAGGGUGCUCGGGUCUCUGGGGCACCUCACACUGGCAGCUGUGCAGGGUGCUCUGUGGCCUCCAUGCCACACCUGUGUACAUACAGCCAGGUUUUUCUCUUGUGACUAAAUAGCCUUAAUCAAAGCUGAGGGUCCAAACCAUUUGAAGGUCCUGCUGCUACAAGGGGGCUGGAGCCCAAGGGGCUGGAUCCCGAUGCCUCAAGGAGGGUGGCACCACAAACUGAGGUCCACGCCCACCUCCUUCAUAAUGCUGACACUGAUAUACCCCUCCCAACCCCACUAAAGCAUCAGAGGCUCCCCCUUAGCACUAGGAAAGGGAGGCUACUAUCCCCAUCGCUGCUCCUGCAUUCGGAGAGGGAGCUGUAUAAAUUAGCCACUCUCAUCCUUGCAUCCUCCCUUGCUUUCCUUUCCAUAUGGCACAGACGCUGCAGGGGCCAUCUCUUUCGUGCUCUCGCAGCCACUGCUGGGAGUCUCCUGGACCCUGUGAGAGCACAGGCAUUGCACUGAAGGCUGCCUGGGCUGCACUGGUUUUGACGCUUGGCUGAGAUUUUUGUGCCUUCUUUGCUUAAAGAAAAACAAAAGCCAACCCACCCCAUUGCUGCCCCGUCCUCCCCAGCUCUGUCCACAGACAUUGCAAACAUCCCCAGCACACCAGGUGCAGGGCUGUCUGGUUUACACACCGUUCACAGGGACCAGUCUCCUGCUUGGAGGGGGAGAGUGGCUUUCAAAAUCCUACGGUGGAAAAACAAAAUCCCAACAAAUUCUCUCUGCGUGUGCAACAACUCCGUGAGGUUUAUAGGGAUGCUGUCCCUGGGCAGCCCUGCUUUAGUGUUGGGGAAACUCUUUUGGUGACACCCUUCAUGAGACUGUUCACUCCUCUCUUUGUUCUUUCUAAUGGUCUAAAAUUCAAUAAAAUUUUAUUCAUAUAAAAAGGGAACAUUGUUUUGCUGGCUUCUUUUGUUCGCCCUACUUCUGUUUGCCCUUGUUGAGGAAACUCUCCCCCAAAGGUGACUUGCCUUGGCCACGUGACAAUUCUUGCCCCUUAUUAGCUCAUUAAUGGGAACAAACAUUUUGGGAAGGUUGUAAAAUGGCUUCUGUUCCAACCUCCUAUUUUGCUUGCUCAUAGCUCUGACACAUUCUCCCUUGGGAUGUACGUUACCAGGCCUG